AUGACUUCACUAAGAUCUGCCCGGCGAAGUGGUCCGCGGAGGAGGUAUACCGUGGACGCUUUCGAGGGCAUAGAAGAACUUCAGUCUGAGAAGGAGUCUGGCGAGGAGGGCCUGAUCGACGAUGACGACGAAUUGGAUCAAGACGAUGCGGACUCUUUUCACACUGGUGCUGAGUCACCAGAGCCAAGUGACGAUGACAUGUCAGAAAUCGUGGAACUCGGAGCUGUGGAAGAGGUGGAGGACGACCUCGAUAGCAAUGCUGGAGAGCGCGACCUCGAUGACAACAUGUCCAUCGCUGAAGAACCGCACGCAGGGCCUCCAAUUUUAUCAAAGCUGCAGAAACGUAAGCUGAAGCGCUCCCGUCCAGCAGAAGACGUUGCCUACACGAGAGGCGUUCUUGACAAUGCCGAGAUCCACAACCGCAUGUCGAAACUUCGGAGGAGACUGCAUUACUUUGGACCCACCAAGGACGACUGGGAAACGCUGCUCAGAACGAGGACGAAGUGGGGCUUGGAGGCCUGCUUUCCAAGCCGGAAACCCAAGAAGGACGAUACUGGUGGAUUUGCUUUUAAUGCAGCAUACGAACGAGAAAUGGCCAAAGCGGAAGCGAAUUGGAGGUGGUAUCACAAGGACGGAGGCAAAGAGGCAUUCGUAGCGCGCCUCGUUGUCAGCGGUCUGACCAGAGAUGAGACGCAGGAGUACCUGCCACAAAAUACAGAUGGCGUGAGAUGUGUGGUCAUGGGAGGCAUCGAAGAGCAGAAGCUACAUCGAUUGCAGCCUGGGCAGUUCCUACCGCUCGCGCAGCCAUUCGAGAAGGUUCCAGCUCCUGGCCAGCAAUGGAAGGAGAAUCUUCCAAAUGAUUACAAGACUGGCUAUCUCAUCAAUCUUGGUGCGAAGAUCCAGAGCAUGGAUUGGGCUCCCAGCCAAUUCGGAGCCAAACAUUACCUGGCCGUCUCUGUCCUCCCGAAACGCGAUCCGCCGCGAUCCGCGCCCGCAUUCUCGCCACAGCCUGAAUACAAAUCGAGCAUACAGAUCUGGGAAUUCACGGCCGAUAAGACAGGGCAUAUCGCAAAGACUACACCGCCAAGGUUGUGCAAAGUUAUCUGCAUGGCAGUUGGGGACAUCAAAUCACUCAAGUGGUGUCCUGUGCCAGCCAAAGAGACUGCAGUGAUGGGCUUUAUUGCAUUCAUAUCAGGCGAUGGCGCAGCCAGAGUGCUGGGAGUCGGUAAGCCACCAGCGGACGACUCCACAGGAUAUGUACUGGUCGAGAAGUGCGCUUUCGAAGUACGACCUCCAAACACUGUCUGCUCAGGCCUCACUUGGAUCAGCUCGACCCGAAUGGCAGUCGCCUGUGCCAACGGAUGCGUUGGCAUCUGGGACAUUGCUGUGUCACUUCGAUCGUCCAAAGAGAAUCCUCGCCCGUUACUGUAUGGCAGCCUGAGCACUUCUUACAUCAUGGAUAUCUCAUCCGGAUGGCCUGGCUUCCCGCAUAUGCUCAUGACGACGUCAAUGAACGGCUUCGAGACACUUACCGAUCUGUCGAAACCACAUCCUUUUGGUCCCAGCAGUACAACGCUCUCUGCACGAAGCCGCAUUGGGCAGCCAGUCUUACUGUGGCACGAAUUCGUCAAGAGCGCAUUGAGUGCUGAGGACAAUCAGAUUGUGAGAGCUUACCCGCUCAGAAGAUGGUUCGGGACGAUUGGCUUGACGAAAUGCAAAAGUCAUGUCUCGUGCAUCGCCGUCAGUCAAUGCCAUCCGUUUAUCCUGACCGGCACUGUGGGCGGAGAAGUUUCUGGUACGAAUCCGAUACGACGCGUUGCAGACGGGGGCAAAAGUACGCUCUGGUCUCAAACAUGGUUCUCUCACGAGUGGAGACGACCUACGGAGGAAGAGGUCGCUGCUUCUGCUGAUGACGAUGAGGCAAGCGAUGCUGGUGACAAGGCUGUCAUUGGAAAAGUUGGCCUCGCCCGCUUCGUCGAAGGCUUCAAAGCUGAGAAGAUUACGCUGCAGAAUGUGAUUGGGGCACCUUCGUCGAAUGCACGAAAUGGGAUUUUGUACACCACGAUAUAUGAGGAGAAGACUGCAGUUACGGCAGUGGCUUGGAACCCGAAUCUGCAGGUCGCUGGGUGGGCUGCCGCUGGUAUGGCCGAUGGAUUGUUGAGAGUCGAGGACAUUGCUGGUUGA